AUGAGUGCCGAUGAGCCGAUUGUAAGAAAGGGUUUACGUGACGGAAAGCGAGUCAGGAUAUUGAUCGACUCCGGAGCCACUUCGAAUCUCAUUCGUCCAGGACUGAGCUUCAAGAUCGAAAAAACGAUUUCGGCCACUGCCAAGCGAUUUGAUGGCACAGAAACGGAGACAAAAAUUGUCCAGUUGGUUCGACUAACUCUAGAGGUGGACGGCCAGAUUCUCCAUAGCGAACCGAUGCUAGAGUGGGAACUCUCAUCACACACGAUGUCUUGUUCCCUGCAAUCGACUGGAGGACACACCAAGUGA